AUCUCCUCGAACUUGUGAACUUUAUUUGAUUCCCCCAAUUUCAAUUUUUAUUCGCCUUUCUGGUGUCUUUUAGCGUUGGAAGAACGAACGAACCCAACAACAGAGCAAAGCUAGCUUUCUCUAUCUUUUGGAGGAUCAAAUAUUUGAGCCGGAAUGUGGUUGGGUGUUUCCGUUUUCCACUAAGCCCUAGACACUACUUGGGUCCUCUGCGAGAUCUCAUCCUUAGUCUUCUUUCCAUUUCGUUCCAAUUUCUGGGGUAUCGGUUUAGCACCUUGCUGCCUUUUUCAAUUGGUUAGCAGGUUGUACUGAGGCUUAUUUGGAUCUUCUUCGAAACAAAAAACCAAAGCUUGAUUUGGAAGAGAUGGGGUACAUUGGGGCACAUGGUGUGGCUGCUUUGCAUAAAUACAAGUAUAGUGGUGUGGAUCACUCGUACACUGCAAAAUAUGUAUUGCAACCCUUUUGGAGUCGUUUUGUUAAAAUAUUUCCCCUUUGGAUGCCGCCCAAUAUGAUAACACUAACUGGAUUCAUGUUCUUGCUCACAUCUGCACUGCUUGGAUAUAUAUAUUCACCAAGAUUAGAUUCAGCUCCUCCUAGAUGGGUUAAUUUUGCUCAUGGAUUGCUACUUUUCUUAUAUCAGACCUUUGAUGCUGUUGAUGGGAAGCAAGCAAGACGGACAAAUUCCUCAAGUCCACUGGGGGAACUUUUUGACCACGGUUGUGAUGCCCUUGCAUGUGCGUUUGAAGGAUUGGCUUUUGGGAGUACUGCGAUGUGUGGAAGAACUACCUUCUGGUUUUGGGUGAUUUCAGCUGUUCCUUUUUAUUGUGCAACAUGGGAGCAUUACUUUACCAAUACCCUGAUCCUUCCUGCCGUUAAUGGGCCCACAGAAGGUCUAAUGCUGAUAUAUUUCGCCCAUUUUUUCACAGCUAUUGUUGGUUCUGAGUGGUGGGCUCAACCAUUUGGAAAGUCUCUGCCUUUUCUUAGUUGGGUCCCAUUUAUUCACGAAAUUACAACAUACAAAGCUGUGUUGUUUCUAAUGGUAGCUUUUGCUGUUAUCCCAACGCUCACGUUCAAUGUGUGCAAUGUUUAUAAGGUUGUUCAGACAAAGAAAGGAAGCAUGCUAUUGGCACUGGCAAUGCUUUACCCUUUUGCUGUUCUUUUGGGAGGAGUUUUGGCAUGGGGUUACUUGUCACCAGCUGACAUUAUGGGGAACUAUCCACAUUUAGUCGUAGUGGGAACUGGACUUGCUUUUGGGUACCUUGUGGGAAGACUGAUUCUUGCGCACUUGUGUGAUGAGCCAAAGGGUUUGAAAACUGGAAUGUGCAUGUCACUGUUGUAUCUCCCAUUUGCCAUUGCAAAUGCACUCACGGCUAGAUUGAAUGAUGGAGUUCCAUUGGUUGACGAGAGCUUGGUUCUUCUUGGUUACUGUGCAUUUACAGCGACACUCUAUCUUCACUAUGCAACUUCAGUUGUUCAUGAAAUCACGACAGCCUUGGGAAUUUAUUGCUUUAGGAUAACUAGGAAGGAAGCUUGAAUUUUGCCGGUGUUUACUACUGGCCAUGCUGGCAAGUUAAGAAAGAUGCAGCUAGAUUUGAAGUUUUUCGUCAAUAUAAAUUUUGUAUAAGAUGAGUUGAGAGUGAUGAAGAUCCAAUUUAAUUCAUUCUCACCGUUGUAUUAGAUUUUUUUGUUGUUCCCACUUUUAGACUUAGAGUAGAACUAGACCAUUUAGGCAUGUUCCUCUUCACUUAAUGCAUCAUUUGAAUUUUAUAAAAAUACAAGUGAGUUUGAGCA